UUAUGCGUGUUUACCCCGAAUCUUGUGUGUGAUUGACUGUCGAACCAAUUACCGAUGACUAGUAAAGGCCUGUGCGUAAUUAACAGCGUGUGAUGCACAUGUUAGAUACAAAGCUCAGUUCGUAGUGAAUGUAAUCAAGCCAAAUUAUCGUCGUAAGCAGGCUUUAGUGGAUUGAGUUAUGCAAAUUGGACGAAAGUGCAAUGACCUCACCGAAGGAACAUCUGGUUGUUCUUUUUUAGCGACCUAGAGAGACGUCCUUAUCGGGACUGAUCCACCAUAAAAUUCUAAAUGAAUAGCCAUCUGAACCAGGAUGGAGAGGCGGGAAAACUCAGAUGUCCGGCGCCCAUCUCUAGGCUCAGGGUGGAAAAGAUCGAGGGUGGAUUGAUGGUGGCUGGCGUGGUCGUCGCCAACAACUGUCAGAUAAUCUUGCCAAUAUUUGGUUUCCUUUUCACCCUGGUCGGGAUAGUUUUAACCGUGGCCGCCUAUAGGGGUCCAGCGGAAGAUGAACCCUUCGAAAAUUACCAGGACAGGCUUCAGUUCACAGACAACGCCCGGAAGUUAGGUCCGGGAUGCAUAGUAGUGGGGAUCUUGAUGUUGGUGGCCGGUUUCUCGCUCUGCGUGUUGACCAAACGUGCCAGGAGGAAACAGCAGACUGUCGGCUUCCACUGCCCCCUCCACGGCGAUUUUUACCCCCUCAGUCCAGGGGUCAGCACCAGAACGCUCACAUUCAAGAGCGAACGCAAAUGCCUGUGUUGGCCGAGGAAGAGAGGCCCUGGUGCGGUGGCGGUUGGCCCCCCGCAGUGCCCCCACAGUCAGGUAUCUAGCAAGAGGAGUUCGUUGGCCAGCUCGCCACUUAGCCAGUGUCCCACCCCCCUGCCGUUUCUAGUCAAAUCGGGAUCCGUAAGUGGUCUCAUCAUUCCUUCAGCUCAGCUAUCCCCAGAUCCGCAGUUCGGAUCCCUGCGUUCUUUGGAACCUCGGGAAAUCGCCAGUUUUCCCUUAUCAAGGACGCCAACUCCCCCACCAAUUCACGAAAGUUUUGCUCCAAAUGGCAACGUCAUACAAGUACCAGACGAGGAAAGUUUGGUAAAUUCGCAGUUCGAGACAGUGCCAGUCGAGAGGACAGGGCCUAGAAAAUCAGUGUCGAUUCUUUUACCUCCCGAUGACAAAGAAUGAAGCAUCGAAAGGAAAACGAAAAAAAAUUGACAUAAAGGCUUGAUUAAUUGGAUCCAAACAAAUUUGGUUCACAUAACUACAUUCGGUCAACUGAUGUUCUCAGAUCGUCAACAGUUAAACUGAAUCGUUCUCUUUUUUAUUGGUAGAGUUAAGUCCACUAUCGUUGAUAUGUUUGAAUAUAUUAACUUUAUUUUAUAUAUUUUUGUAAGCUAUUGUGAUAUUUUGAACAGUUUCGUUUUACACAUUUUUCAUUAUGGGAUAUUCGAGGAUAUGGAUCGGAAUUGAUACUUGUCAGCUCAAAGCAGGUUUCAAGGAGACAGUCAGAAGUAUAAAUGACGAAAAUUCGGGGGUUUCAUGGUCUACUAGUGUGAUAUUUCCAUAAUUGACAUUGACAAGUGAUGGACAGUUGAUUUUAUGUCAUAGGUGUACUUGUGAUUGGUCUUCGUUUGCAUGCAAAGAUUCCUAUGUGGCUCGAAAAGUAUUUGUUUCGAUAUCCAAUAAUUUUGAGACUGAAAAGCAAAUAGCAUUGUAUUCGAUUAUUUAAAUAUCUAGAAUUUUAGAUCGUUAUGUUUACAUAUCAUAUAUUGGCGAAUAUUUUGAGCAACCGUGUCCUAUAUAUGCUUAUUACCUGUAAUUAUUCACGAGCGAUCAAUAAUCCGGGAGAUAUUUACUUACUUGUGAAAUUUUGCCUAGCUCCAGGUCCUUUUCUUGCCCAAUACGAAUAAGGACUUUUGAAUUGAUAAAAAAAAUUGAUCUAGCAAGUACCACAGCUCAAAUUGUCGAAGAACUAGGAUAUUAGCUUUAGAUUCGUGGUAAAAUUAAGAACUGUAACGUCAGGACGGAUAACUGAAAUUGAAACAAAAAUUCUUGUUUGAAGUGCAACAUGGCCAUGUUUUGUCUUUAAACUCACCACUAGUGAUAAGAGGCUAAUUUGGAUUACCCAUUUCAACUUUGACCAACCAUCGAUUCGUUUACGUAUACUAAGAACGUUCUCAGCAAAGCUCAAGAGGAAAAUAAAAAUAAUCUUCAUAAUUUUGGAACUUUAAUUUUAAAAAUUUCCAUCAUAGACCUUAGAACAUAGAAUUCUUUAUUCUAAGAUCAUAGACGAAUAAUUAUUUAUUUCAUUAUUAGUCUAUGGUGUCGAUGCUCAUAGAAUAAAUACUCCUUUUUUGAAUGGUCUACGAAGGAGGUUGGGUCCAUUUUGUGCCAACUUUUGGUAGUUGAUAUCUAGCACCUAAACGAUAAUAAAAAUCGGUCAUUUCUGAUCUAAUCAGAAUAUUUUUCCAAUUUCUUAUCUGAAAAUUUCAUCACCUAAACUGCAUCUCCCACCCUACUCUAAGGAUUUGCUGUGAAUUACUUUAAAGACAAGCUAACUUUGUUAGAGUAUCACACCGGAAAACAUUGUACACAAUGUUGAAUAAAUAAAAGAUAUAAUUAUCUAA